CCGCCACCCAAUCUCACCAGCUUAAACGCAGUAAGCAGCUCCAUUCUUAUCAACGUAUUCGACGAGGUGACCAAUGUUGUGGAGGACGGAAGACGACCGCAGGCUUUCGGAUCGGGAGAUGUCAGCAUCACCGAGACGGCUCCGGCGGUAUCCAAGACUGUCCUUCAUCGCAGCGAACGCCGGUGGUUGGGAGGUCUGGAGGUACCCUUCUCGGUUGUCUACUCCACCGGAAAGGUUAGCGUCUCUGUGUGUUGUAUGCAAAGUGGCUGACGGGUGA